GCGUUUACGUGGCACCAUUUUACAUUUAGGGCAAGGAAAGCUCUCUAGAAGCUUGGCGAUGGGCGCGAGUCACAGCAACCUCGUCCAUGCCGCGAGCGAGGAGGCGGGGGUGAAAGCGGCGGAGCUUCCAGUGGUAGAGACUGCUGCGCCGACCAGACAGGAAGCGGAACUGCCAGUUCCGGCCGAGGAGUCCUCUGACUCUCCUUCUGAUUCCACUGCUCAUGCAUCCAAUCCGGAUUCUUCUUAUUCCGAGCUCCAAGAAGAAGAAAAGGAGCAUGCAUCGCAAGAAGGAGCUGCUGCUGGCGAAGACGCUGGAGACAAUGGAGAGAAUUUAGUCCAGGAAGAGCCGGAGGAGGAGAAAGAAGAAGAAGAAGAAGAGCAACCAAAGCCCAAACUCACGGUCGAGGACGUCUUGAAUACAAAGACUGCUCCAUUUGAUAUCCGGUUUCCAUCGACCAACCAAACCAAGCACUGCUACACUCGCUACAUUGAAUAUCACAAGUGCCGCAAAGAAAGAGGACCUGACGCUCCGGAGUGUGACAAAUAUGCCAGAUACUAUCGCUCUCUGUGCCCCUCCGAAUGGAUUGAGAGAUGGAACGAGCAGAGGGAGAUGGGUGUCUUUCCCGGACCUUAUUAGGCAGGCUGCCGAGUUCAAAUAAAAUUUAGCUGGCGAGUACCAAGCACGAUAAGUAAGUAGACAACUCACAUUUUCGAACAAAAACAGGCAGGUGUGUCCCGAAAGAAUGCGCUGUGAGUGUUCUCCAUUCUUUGGUACUCAUGUCAACCACUUUCUUCUUCAAUCUCAAGCCAGAUCUCAAACGAA